AUGUCGGCGGCAAGUUCCAGUGGCUUUGAUCAGUAUAUGACAAUUUUCUCUCCAGAAGGGAGACUAUUUCAAGUUGAAUAUACUUUUAAGGCUAUUAGUUUAGACGGUCUUACGUCUGUUGGCAUCCGGGGAGAGAAUUGCGCAGUUGUUGCGUGUCAGUGCAAACUCCCAGACAAACUAAUUGAGCGCAGUUCUAUUACCAGGCUCUUUAGCCUUACUCCUCGUACCGGUUGUAUAAUGACGGGCAUGAUGCCUGAUUGCAGAGCGCAAGUGCAACGGGCCAGGUAUGAGGCUGCCAACUUUAAAUACAAAUAUGGUUAUGAGAUGCCAUGCGAUGUCCUUCUUAAACGAAUCGGAGAAAUCAACCAGGUUUACACACAGUCCGCUGAAAUGCGUCCCCUUGGUUGCGCUAUGAUGGCUAUAUCCUAUGACGAGGAACUUCAAUGUGCUCAACUUUUUAAAACGGACCCAAGUGGUUUCGUUGCUGGUCAUAAAGCGGCUUCAGUGGGAACGAAGCAAAUAGAGGCUAAGAAUUAUCUCGAAAAGAAGUUAAGGAAAAGACAAAACUUCACAUUAGAUGAAGCCAUAGAGGCUGCCAUUAGCUGUCUUUCACACGUAUUGAGCAUGGAAUUCAAACCAAACGAACUCGAAAUCGGAGUUGUCUCCAAGGAGGACCCCAUUUUCAGGCAAGCUUUACUGGCACUUUAUAUUACUUGUUAUUUGAGGCGCAGCUGA